AUGUUUCAACAAUUUAGAAGGGUCCUACCUAAGGUUCCAGUCGCCAUCUCAAGAUGUAGUCGCAACAUUCACAAAGGUUCCUGCAUCGCCUUAAAUUCUCCGUCUAAAUGCCUGACAAUUCGUCAGAAAAACAUGUUGAUAGGCCAACAUAACCGUUUAUUGAGCAAUGACUCUAAAUCCAUGACGCAGAUUUUUGAUAGUGACUUUGAUCCAUCUAUAAUAACAAGGAACGGUGAUUCACUAGAGAGAUUGGAGUUGGAAGAGUUUUUGGGGAGAAUUGGUAAAGAUCCUGUUCCUACAGUGACGUUAAACGAUUUGCUUAGGUUCCAGGACAAAAUUUCGGUGGAUAGAGAAGCUGUUCUUAAUGAUAACGCUAACGAGACACUAAAAGAUAUAUUCAUUCUCGUUGGACGAGCCAUUCAAAGGUUUCUUGAUCUGCCCUACAUUGCAAUAAUGAAUCCUCACAUGGCAAAAAUAUAUCAGUGCUACACGGAUACGUUGAACAUGUUGCUUGUUUUUGUUGACAAAUGCAGUGGGAAUGAUGCCAAGGUUGUUUCUACUUCCCUAUAUGACAGCAUUGCUAACUUUCACAUCACUUCCAAGAAGCAUGAGGAAGAGUUGAUUGGCGUUUUGAGCAAGAUCCUUGAGAUUCACACAGAUAACACUGUUGAUUUACGUGAGGCAUUUGAUGAAAUCCAGGCUGGUUUGGUGAAUGAGAAAGCUUUCUUGGAUUCUCACAUGAAGGAACGAAUCUUAAUGAGAUUAUUGAUCAAUCAUCAUUUACUUCUUCACAGACAGCUUCUUGAGGCGAAAACUGGGUGGCCCAUGAAAAGUAUCGGAUCUGUUGAUAUGAAUGUUAAUGUGCUUGAUAUUUUGAGCCGUUCAUAUGAUUAUGUGAACGACAUGGCUGCAAUGAAAUACUCUGAUAAAAUUAAGAUGGAAGUUAAAAGUGUAUUCGUCAAGGCUGACGGAUCCGUCAAAGAGCAGAUAAUCCAUGACAUUGACCACAUUGAGAAGUAUGAUCCAUUGAUUUUUCCAUAUAUUUCCAACCACAUUGAAUACGUCUUUGAUGAGAUUUUGAAGAACUCAACUCGCGCUACAAUGGACAACAAUGUCUCGAUUCCCGUUGAAGUGGUCGUGGUUUUAAGGGAGCCAAAGUCGCUUCAAGACUAUUAUAAGUUGGAAGUUCGUAUUACUGAUCACGCUAAAGGAAUAAAGCCGGAGGUUGUGGAUCAUCUUUUCGACUAUUCUUUCACGACAGUCGACAAUAAGGCUUCUUCCGAUCCGAAAUUGCUUACAAAUACGUCAGACAAUAUGAUUGCUGGAAUGGGUUAUGGCCUUCCAAUGAGUUUGACAUACACCCGCCUGUUUGAUGGUGAUAUUCAUCUUAAAAGUGUGUUUGGUGAUGGUACCACCGUCUACCUAGAAUGGACAGGUAUAGCUGGCAAGAACAAAGUGUCACCUUAG